GACUACGUUUCCCAGAGUGCCAAGCGGCGGGCGAGGGAAGGCAGGGGGGAAGGGACAGUCGGUCGCAGACCGCGCUGGGUUGCCGCCGCCGCUGCCGCCAUCGUGCCAGCCCCUCCGAGACCUAAGGGUCAGCAAAGGCUGUGCUCAGUGGGAGAGAGGCCAUCGAGGUCUUUUCUGCUCCUCGGGACCCUGGCCUCAGUCAGCUUACGGACUGUUGGGGUGAAGCGGGAGAUGUCGUGGCCAGCGGCCCUCUCAGAAGACCUGUAGGAGAAACCGUCAUAAUGAAGGUCUCAUCGAGGCUGGGUGACACUCCAGAAUGGGAGACAAGCCAAUUUGGGAGCAGAUUGGAUCCAGCUUCAUUCAACAUUACUACCAGUUAUUUGAUAACGACAGAACCCAACUAGGCGCAAUUUAUAUUGACGCAUCAUGCCUUACGUGGGAAGGACAACAGUUCCAGGGAAAAGCCGCCAUUGUGGAGAAAUUGUCUAGCCUUCCGUUCCAGAAAAUCCAGCACAGCAUCACGGCACAGGACCAUCAGCCCACGCCAGAUAGCUGCAUCAUUAGCAUGGUUGUGGGCCAGCUCAAGGCCGAUGAAGACCCCAUCAUGGGGUUCCACCAGAUGUUCCUAUUAAAGAACAUCAACGAUGCUUGGGUUUGCACCAAUGACAUGUUCAGGCUUGCCCUGCACAACUUCGGCUGACCUCCUCUUAGCCAGGCACUCACGCUGUUUCCUUCUCCCUCCUCUUCCCGAUACUAUUCACACUCCUCCAGAUGCUCCAAAUAUCAUACACAAAUGAGCAGGGCC